UUUAAGAUAGAGAGAGAAUAUUUCUUAGAGAGAGAAAAUCUUUCACAGAAAGCGAGAGAUUUUGAUAUUUAAGCUAUGGAAGCCAAGCCCAAAGCAUUCUCCUCUUAAGAGAAAGAGACAGAGAGACGCAGAGAGAGACAAAAGAAAGAGAGGGAAAAUGGCAGAUUCAAGCGACUCAGUCUCCAUUGACAUGGAGACUUUCCCUCUUGGUGGAAAGGUUUCUGAGAAAAGAACUUCUGCACAUGCAAAAUCAAUAUGCUUGCCGAAUAUACUUAGUCUGGGUAGGGCUUAAGUAUUCCUUUUCUCAACAUGAGUAAUGACAACCAAAAAGAGGUGUAGCUGUAUGAUGGGAAGUUUACCUUUUAAAAAAUGUCAUUUUGUUGAAGCUAACAAAAGGGGAGUUCCUUAUUAAAACUUGCUAUGGUUGUGUAUCUGUUUCUGUAUAUGGAGACCAGGACAAGCCAGCCCUUAUCACAUAUCCUGAUUUAGCUCUAAAUUAUAUGUCUUGUUUUCAAGGAUUAUUCUUCUGUCAAGAAGCAUGUUCCUUGCUUCUCCACAACUUCUGCAUCUACCAUAUCAGUCCUCCUGGGCACGAGUUAGGAGCUCCUACAAGUAGCCCUGAUGACCCUCUGCUCUCUGUUGAUGACCUGGCAGACCAAAUUGUUGAAAUUCUCAACUAUUUUGGACUUGGUGCAGUGAUGUGUAUGGGUGUUACAGCUGGAGCUUACAUUCUUACUCUAUUCGCUAUGAAAUAUAGGCAACGUGUUCUUGGAUUGAUACUUAUUUCUCCAGUCUGCCAAGCUCCUUCAUGGACAGAGUGGUUGUGUAACAAGGUGAUCUCUAAGUUACUGUACUACUAUGGCAUGUGUGGAGUGGUGAAGGAGUUCUUGCUCAAGCGGUAUUUCAGCAAGCAGGAAGCUCGAGGUAGUGUUCAAGUACCAGAAUCAGAUAUAGUGCAGGCCUGCAGAAGAUUGCUGGAUGAACGGCAGAGUUUAAAUGUUUGGCGGUUUCUUGAAGCAUUGAACAGAAGACCAGACAUUAGUGAAGGACUGAGAAAACUGCAUUGUCGUUCGCUAAUAUUCGUCGGGGAUAGCUCUCCAUUUCACUCUGAGGCCCUCCACAUGACGUCAAAACUAGAUAGAAGAUUUAGUGCCUUAGUUGAGGUUCAGGCAUGUGGAUCCAUGGUGACAGAGGAGCAACCACAUGCCAUGCUAAUACCGAUGGAGUACUUUCUGAUGGGAUACAGUAUGUACAGGCCGCCUAAGUUAAGUGUCAGCCCAAGGAGCCCUUUGAGUCCGCUGUGUAUUUCCCCCGAGCUCCUGUCUCCGGAAAGCAUGGGCUUGAAGUUAAAACCAAUAAAAACAAGAAUAGCUCUGGAAUUCUGAAAGGAUUUGGAUUGCUGGCAAAAAUGCUUUUUGUAAUCUAUUUAUUGUAUUUUUCUUUGAUUGGUUGGAGAAGAUAAAACGCGAGAGGUGGGAUUGUUAGAAGAUUGUAGAUAGAGUAAAAAGAGAAAAAAAUUACAGGGGGAAUAUUAGAAUAUUAGAAAGAAAGCAGAGAUGGCCAUUCUUUGAUUUGUAAUCAUAAGUGUUAGUUGAGGUUGAGGAGGAUUCAGUUAAUUGUAAAAUCCUUGAAAUAAUUUUUUUACAUUUAUAAGCAAAUGAUAAUAAUAAUAAUAAUAAUAAUAGCAAUAAAGGGUGAACGUUAUACUUGUGCUUUACUCAA